AUUAAAAAAUCAUAAUAAUACAACAAUUCCAAACAAAAUGAAGUUAUUAAUUGUACUGGCUUUGGUCGUAGCCACAGUUAGCGCAGCUAGUUUGGAUUCGAUUGUCCAACCCGGAUUUCCCGAGGGCCGUAUCAUUAAUGGUCACGAAGCUGCCAAAGGAGAGGCUCCUUUUAUUGUAUCUUUAAAAGCCGGUUCACAUUUUUGCGGAGGCAGUAUUAUAGAUGAACAUUGGGUCGUUACUGCCGGCCAUUGCUUGAUCUAUAAUAGCUUUGAAGUUGUUGCCGGCCUCCAUCAACGUAACGAUGAAUCUGAUGUCCAAAUUCGUAAAGUCCCCAGCAGAUCCUUCCAAAUUGCCCAUGAAAAGUAUGGAGGAAAUGUUGGACCCUAUGACAUUGGCCUAAUCUAUAUUGCUGAACCUUUCGAUUUAAAAACAUUGGCUCGCGAUGGCUCUGCUACAGUUGCAAAGAUAAACUUGCCUUCUGGUAAAUAUUCUCAAACAGGCAAGGGCAAAUUGUAUGGUUGGGGACGUGACAACUCUGGUACAUUGCCCAAUAUUUUACAAACAUUGGAUGCUGAUAUCAUUGGUUACACACAAUGUAAAGAUGCUUUACCCAGCUCUGCUCCAAUCGAUCCAGUUAACAUUUGCUCAUACACUGCUGGCACUACCGAUGGCGCCUGUAAUGGUGACUCUGGUGGCCCAUUGGUACGUUACACCCCUGAUGGUGCCGAAAUUGUAGGUAUUGUGUCCUGGGGUUACACUCCUUGUGCUUCUACCAAAUAUCCAUCGGUAUACACCAUGACAUCGGCCUUUAACGAUUGGAUUCAAAAGACUAUUGAUAAUUUCAAUGUUGUUGAUAUGCCCUAUUAAAACCUAACAAGGUUACUUACUAUUUAAAUAAA